CCAUUUUAUUCUUACUCUGCUAUGAUGUAUUUCGCUCCAUUCCUUGUUUUUUUCCUUACACUUUUAAAAUGAAGCUGAUUCACAAAAAUGUAGAAAAAACAGGGUCUGGAGAAAUUACAAUGUAUCCAGAAGAGCCUGAAGACAUGUGGCACCUUUACAAUAUACUCCAAAUUGGCGACCAGCUGAAGGCUUCCACGAUUCGUCGUGUUGUCAAGGUUGGAGCCACGGGUACCACUUCUAAUUCAAGAGAAAAAAUGACCUUGAAAGUUUUGGUAGAAGCUACAGACUUUGAUACAAAAGCCGCUGAAUUACAUAUCAAAGGGAAAACAACCGAAUACCACCCACUCGUAAGGAUGGGUUCAUAUCACACACUGGAUUUGGAGUUACAUCGAAAUUUUACACUUUACAAAAAUGAAUGGGACUCGUUCGCUUUAGAUCGAGUGGAUGCUGCCUGUAAUCCAUCAAGGAAUGCAGAAAUUGGGGCAGUGGUUCUCGAGGAAGGUCUCGCAAAUAUUUGUUUAAUAACUGAUUAUAUGACUAUUAUGCGCCAACGAAUUAAUCAAACUAUUCCCCGAAAACGCAGAGGGGAUAGCAGCGCUUAUCAGAAGGGUUUAAACAAAUUUUAUGAUACUGUUUUUCAAGCAAUUUCUACAGAGCUUGAUUUUGACAAACUUAAAGUCGUUAUCCUAGCCUCUCCUGGUUUUGUCGCAAAAAGUUUAUUCGAUUAUAUUAUGGAAAUGGCAGUAAAAUUGGACCUAAAACACAUUUUCAAGGCGAAACAAAAGUUUUUGAUUCUUCAUUCCAGUACUGGCCAUAUCCAUUCUCUUAACGAAGUACUUAAAAAUUCAAUUGUUGAGUCUAAGCUGGCAGAUACAAAAUACAUUCAGGAAAUCCGCAUGCUAAACAAAUUUUACCAAGUUAUGAAUGAUGAUGACAGACGAGCUUGGUACGGCCCAAAACAUGUCGAAAAGGCCUUUGAAUUUGGUGCUAUUGGUGAACUUUUGAUUAGCGAUUCUUUAUUCCGAAGCUCUGAUAUUGCUACUAGAAAGAAAUGGGUUGGCCUCGUAGAUGCGUUAAGAGAAACCAGUAGUACCAUAUACAUUUUUAGCAGUCUUCAUGAAUCCGGGAAACAACUUGAUUUACUCUCCGGAAUAGCUGCUAUCUUAACAUAUCCUGUGGAAGAAGAAGAUAUAGAGGAAGAAGAAGAAGAAGCAGAAGAAUAAAGCUAACGAAAAAACAACCACAAAAAACUCAUUCUUCACUUUUAUGAUUUUCAAUGUAAAUGAGGGUUGAGUCGAGGAUUUUAGAGUAAUUCUGAGCUGGUUCAGUGUAAUCAAAAUAUAUUCUUUUCGUAUCUAAUUAAUUCAUUUUUACAAAACCACU